AAUUUUCUAAAAUAAUUGGGAAAAAAAAUCCCUUAAAACCCUAAUUUUGACCCCGACUUGACGUUCUUUUUCACCACUUUCAUCAUCCUCUCUCUCUAUCCUAAUCUUUCCUCCCAAAACUCCAUUGGAAGAUAACAGAUAAAGCUUUCGUUUCUUUUUAGGAAUUCACCCUAAUGUUUCGUGAAUUCUUUUCAUACAAGUAAACCCACCCACCCAAUCCUCCGUGCGUCUACUCUACAAUCAUUCCCACAAAUUCGUCAUCGCUUCUCAAUUAAGACAAUUUUAAUCAUCAAUCCUAGCAGCUACUGCUACAAAUCGUUUCUUAUGCAUACAGGUAACUCUCUUUUGCUCUAUGAUUUCAAGUCGGUCAAGUUUUAGGUGCUAUGUAUGAUGUUGCUGCAUAAAUGAUAGGGUAAACUGGAAGGGCAUAAUGGCAUUAGUAACCCACCAGGUUCAGGGUUCAUAUGCUCCUCCAAGACCUCUAUCUUUGAAGAAAGGGAUCGAAUCAAAGAAUUUUUUAGCAGCAUUUCCAAUUGUUAAGAGAACAGAUAUUAUAUUAUUGAAGCAUAGAUCUUGUUUAUGUGUAAAGGCGCCUCAAUCAAAGAGAAAACCAUUAAAAAUAUCAUCAUUCAAAGGAAAUGUCCAGAAUGACGAAUCAGGAGCUAGAGAAAACGGGUCAAAGUCCACAAAAAAUCCGGUCAAACUCUCUUAUCUCCCACAGGAUCGCAAAGAAACAUUAGCUGAAUCACCAAAGGUGAAGAACAAUCAUGCAACCCCAACAUCUAAUAUGCAACAAGAAACCACAGCAGGAUCUCAAGCCAUACAACAGCUUUUCAAAAGCUGGUUGACUUUGCUACGUACACCUUCUUCUUCUUCUUCACAAAGUCAACUCCCAAAUGAGACAUUGGAGGAGACAUCUGAGAAUGAAAUUGUGGAAACAGAUGACAAAAAAAUUCAAACAAGUGGAAGAGGAGUCAUUUUGAAAACAGUUUGGAGAAGCUUUUUGGGUUUGGAUGCAACCAUAAAGAUACCUGUUAUGAUAUUCAUACCCAUGUAUCUGGCAGUGAACAUCAAGUAUGGGCCAGAAGUUGCAAAGGAACUGACUCCAUUGUGGAUAUGUGGGCCCCUUAUUGUUGCUCUUUACAUCAAGAUUCUUCAUGGGUUAUGCUUGCUCUAUAUUUACAGCUUCAAGCAAUCGGUGAAAGUGGUGAAGGAUUUGCCAGUGUAUUAUGAUUAUGUGAUUAGUGGAAAGCUGAAAGAAGCCAUAAAUGGGCGUUUAUGGAAGCCUGUGGUGGAGUUUAGGAAGUUAGGGUACAAAGGCAUAUGGAAAAAUUUUCAAGAAUGGGCAAUGGAUAAGUAUUUGGACUACAUUGAAUCCAUAUGGCCUCAUUAUUGCAAACUCAUAAGGUUUUUAAAGAAGGCCAAUUUCAUCUAGCUUUUUCAUGUAAUGUUUUGGAAAUUGGAAUAGGGAAGAUUUUGAGGCAAUCUUUGAGGAUUACAAGUGAAAACAGGUUGGAUUUUGUAUCUCUGAAUACAUUGUAUUUUGGGUUUUUAUUCUAAGUCUUUGAGAUUAACCAUUUUUUACACAGAUUUUGUAUUCUCAUAAUGUCAUGUCAUGGGUUAUGCUUUUGCUUUUUGAAUUCGUUUUCUUGUUUAGUGGGAUGGUUUCUUAUCUGCUUUUUUUGUUUCUUUAUGCAUUAGUAAUCAGUCGC